CCCGCAAGCAUGACCUGCAAGCACGACACGCAAGUACUACCACCUCACCCCCGCUACGCUCUUCCUCAAAUAGCAAGCGCAUACAAGCGCUCCAAACAGCAACACGCCACCCACAGGCAUUCACAGCAAACCAGCGGCGCACAAUUGGUCCCAUCAUGGCAGACCGCGCCACCUCCUUGCAGAUCCGCCGCCGCCGCCGCCGACACAAACCCCCUCGCAUCAGAGGUGGAGAGGGUAGUGUCAGAAAAGCUGGCCCCAUAUCAGGCGGCUUUUGAAAAUGUCCAGCAGCUUGCUUCAGCAAUGGAUGUCACAAAUGCAGACAUUCUGGACCUGCCUCCGGCUCCAGUGGACAAGGAGCACCUCCUUGUCAAGAUGCACCGCGCCCAGUACGAGUCCAUUUGCAACACUCUUCAGGGCAUGCAGAGCAUGUCCGAGGCAACAGAGAGGCUGGAGGAGCGUGUUCAAUUGCUCAAGGAUGUGCUUAACAAGGCAAAUUCCAAACGCAAGGCAGAUGGGGAUGCACCAGAGGGCAAGAGGGCUUGCGUGGAAGACUCUUUUCAAGAGUUGGUAUUUACUGGACUCGGGACGUUCAAGAGGCGACUGCAGGACAACAGCCGCCCGUCCAGCCAACGCACUCUUCAGGGCCUCAAAAUGGCCAUCUCUACCCCAAGCCCGCUCCUCAAACCGGCUUCAAAGUUGCAUGCCCUUGCCCCUUCCUCUUCGCAGGAGGACAUGCCUCCACCGCGUGUGCCUGCGCGCUCGGUGCACUCACACAAAGGCAGUGGGGAUGUCGGUAGCGGGGAUGUUGGCAGUUUUGCUUACGGGCCCAAAUCCUGGGAGAGGCAGGUGGCCAUUUCCUCUCCAGCAUUGUCGGUGACCAAAGAUGAGGUGGACCCAAAACGCGUGGCGGACCAAGAAUCGUCGGUGACCAAAGAUGAGGUGGGCUCAAAACGCAUGGCAGACCCAGCGUCAUCAGUGACCAAGGGUGAAGUCAGCUGGAAGCCCACGCCAACCACUAGGCGCAGCAGCAGCUGAACCUCAUUGGUACGUACGUGGUCC